AUGGACGCAUUGAAUUCUAGAGAGCAACAAGAGUUUCAGAAGGUUGUGGAACAGAAGCAAAUGAAGGAUUUCAUGCGUCUGUACUCCAAUCUUGUGGAAAGAUGUUUCAGCGACUGUGUGAAUGAUUUCACUUCCUCGAAACUUACGAGCAAGGAGCAAAACUGUAUUAUGAAGUGCUCUGAAAAAUUCCUUAAGCACAGCGAACGUGUUGGUCAACGUUUCCAAGAGCAAAAUGCAGCUCUGAACCAAAACCUCAGUCGCUAA